AUGGCCACCCCAAUCUGGAGGCGACUUGGUGCUCGACCCUUCAUCCAAUCGCUUGCAGUUUUGCUAGCUUUCGCUGCACCGAGGCCCUCAGUCCAACUGUCCCAAGAACUGUGCUCCUCGCAGAACACUGGCUCUGAUUCGAAUGCUGUGUCGAAUCACUUCAACUCCAACGGAGCAUGUCAGACUGCCUGCUCAGGUUUCGCAUUCGCGGUCGUACAAAACCAAAACUGCUGGUGUUCGAACUAUUCUCCCGCCGAUACAACGUCCACUGGCAAUUGUAGUGAGGCGUGUCCAGGGUAUCCAUACGAGAACUGUGGAAGUGCGUCAUCAGGCCUGUUCGGAUAUGUUGCUCUAGGCAAUGCACCAUCCGGUACAAUUGGUGCAUCAACCAGCACCUCUACGACGUCGACGCCGACCCCAACUCCCACGACAACUCCUACUCCUAUUCCUACUCCAGCUCCAACUCCAACAACAAGUGAUACUCUUCAGGCGGUUAGUACCCAACCCUUACCAGGCGUCCCUCUUGGCACCACCUCUUCCCCUGAGGCAACCUCUUCUUCUACCAGCAGUACCCCUUCAGUACUGUCAACCGUUUUGCCUACUACUGGACCCCCGACUGCAAUACCGUCGGCAGCCAACCCUGAAACAGUCACAGAGUCACCAUCGGUUUCUAUUUCUUUUGUGUCUAUAACGCCAUCUACGACGUCUACGAGCUCCACGUCUCAACCAAUACCAGUAUCACUUAAUCUUACUCCCACUACCACUUCCACUCCCACGACUCUCACAACUUCCUCCACUCCUACAACCAUCGCCAAGUCCAGUACGACUACAUCAAGCAGCUCCUGGUCAGCUACACCUUUCACGUCUGUCACCACAGUGACUGGCCAAAUAAAAACCUUGACAAUCACUCCCACUUCGCCUCCAGCAACAGCGACGACAAUUAUCACAGCAGCAAAAGAGAACAACGGUGGCUUCUUCUCCAGUUCAGGAAAGGUCGCCGGAACCUUUGUCGCUGUGUCAAUCGUCCUCCUUCUCCUAAUCGCAGGUGUCAUCUGGUUCUUUCUUCGUCGCAGCCGAAGGCGGCAACCUGAGCCCGCCGCUAUUUCUUCCGUCGCUGGUAGCAGCACUCCUCAACGUCGGCCAAGUCGACUCAGCCAAAUGGGGUUGGUAGGCGCCGGAGGACCCCAACGUGAGAAGACCGGACCGACGAUACCAGUCAUACAAACGAGUGGCUGGGGCCCUAGUAAUCGCGAUGGCUCGGAGAAGAGCCCAGCAGACACAUUAUCAGCGGUCGAACGGCGAAGCAGCUACCCUCGAGUUGUCGAUCAGAGACUGGAGCCCACGGCAUUGUGGAAUCCAUUGCAUGACAAUGGAAGUCACGUUAGCGUUAGAAGCUUCAGGGAUGACCAGGACUACUCCCGGCGCAUGUUGCGCAUUGCAAACCCCGAUGAUGGUUAG